AUGGCCGAGCAGGACACCAUCACCGUCUCAGAGUACAUCGCCGAGCAGGAGCGUCUCGAGCAGGAGGCGCGCGAACUGUUUCCCAAGAAGUUUGACAUGGUAAAUGCGGGAUACGUGAGACAGACCGUCUACUCUUGUCUGACCUGCAACCCCAACCCAUCUGAAGAAUCAGGGUUCUGUUACUCUUGUAGUAUCUCCUGCCACGGCGACCACAACCUUGUCGAGCUCUUCACCAAGCGGGCGUUUCGAUGUGACUGCGGCACAGAAAAGUUCAAGGACGUCAAGUGUACACUCGACGCCAAGCCCACUGGAGCUGUCAACGAGUUGAAUCAGUACAACCACAACUUCCUUGGACGUUUUUGUUGGUGCGAUGUCCAGUACGACCCACACAAGGAAGAGAGCACAAUGCUGCAGUGCGUCAUUUGCGAGGACUGGUUCCAUGACAGCUGCAUCGGCAUUACCCCACAUGGAGACGACUUUGAUGACUUCAUUUGCAGGACGUGUACAAAGGACCACCCCUUCCUCAAAAGAUAUUUACACCACCCCUCGUUUAUGAUUGGUCUCUCCGAGAAAGGUGGCGGACCAAAAUCAGUCGUCAUGGUAGACAGCUCCAAGGCACCUGGCAAUACCAAGGAUGCCAUGAUCAAGGAAGAUGUCAAGACUGCAUUGUCUGAUUCAUUGGUGGAUAUUGUUUCGACAGAGGAGGACAAGACAACCGUUACGACGAGCACCACGACCACAUCCACAUCUGUCACCACUUCUACUAUGAUCGCAGAGAGCAGCACUACGACGGUUGUUGCAACUACGGAUUCAGUUGUUGAGAGUCAGGAAGAGAAGGUUGUCAAGGGGAAGCGCUCGCUUGAGUCAACCGCAAUCAGCAACAGCGACGAAACAAAGGACUUGAACAAGCGGAUCAAACUAGAUGUCGAGGCUAACUCUGACAGUACCAUUUGCAAGCUGGACCAACAACCCACAGACCCCUACCCGGAUCAGGAAGUAAACCUCUUUGCGACCGAGGGCUGGCGCGACCUACUCUGCCAAUGCACUUCUUGCAUGACUAUGUACACAAAGGAGGGCGUCGCGUCGUUUAUUUUGGGAGAGGAGGCUGUCUAUGAGGCUGAGGACGAUGACGAAGCCGAGUCGUCAACGCUCGAGAGUGGUAUGAAGAAGCUGGGAGAGAUGGAUCGCGUCCAAAUGAUGGACGGAAUGAUGGCCUACAACCGGAUGCGGGACGAGGUCCGAGCUUUCCUUGAGCCAUACUCCCAGCAGGGUAAGGUCGUUACCGAGAGCGACAUUCAUGCCUUCUUUGCAGUAAGUGAGCCUGUUUCUUUUGGAGAUCGGUAG